UGAAUGUACGAUUUCCGAGCUCAUGUCCCAAAGUUUAGUAUUAUCACUAAGCCUAAAGAUUUUAGCUGGAAGCCUCCACGACUUGCUGUUCGUGAAAAAUCAGCGUAAAUAGCGAGCUUGAAGGAGGUCCGUGAACGCAGCACCACACAAGCGUAGAAGAUCGCAGCUGCAGCUGUUGGUGAAGAAAGCGGCGAGAUUCUCUGCAGCUUGAACCUCUCGCUCCAAAAAAUGUGGACAGAAGUGGAAAAAAACAAAAGCUCGGCUAUCGUCACCAGAAAUCUCAUCUCAAAGAUGAUCGACCCAGAUCUCAGAGAAGAGCUUUUAAAUGCAAAUGUUUCCACUGCUGCUGCCACCCGUCCCUCCUACACAGAGGACUCUUUAACCAGGAGCAGUGGGAUCAUACCUGGUGCGAUCGCAGCCUCUGUGUUCAUUGUUUUUUUGCUCGCUCUGUACGCCGUUCUCUGGAAGUGCAUGACGUCGCCACCAAAACGGAAAAGCAAGCGGAGAGUAAGGGCACAACAGAAGAUGCCCGUGUGAAGAGGUCGCUCACGUUGUCUGUUCAGCAUCUUUUUGAAACGUGGAUGAAAAUCAGGAACCAGAAUUUGUUCUCUGAAGACAAGUCUUUUAAAAACCGUUCACAGAAAUGACUGAGUUAGCUGGAUGUCGCUGGUGUGCCUGAGCGGUGGUCUGCUGGGGCCUUUGUUGACUCAAAGGCUGAUGAUGAUGUGAAGCGGUUCUGGCAGGUCAGGCUGUGCUCUUAUUUUUACCCUAACUGUUACACUACUGAGGGGGAGGGGGCGUGGUUAAGGCCACACCUCUCUCCACUGUCCAAUGAGCCGAGUGCUAAGAAAGACAGGCUAUAUUUUGUUUUUUUGUGUGGCAAUUCCUGCAGUUUUACGUACAAAUAAAAAGUGGAUGCUACAUUUUAAUGAUUCAUUGUAAAUCCAACAUGACAUAAAUUGAUAUAUUGUGCAUUUUAAUAUAUUUUUGACCAUAAAUUUUCUAGAAAAAUCACAUGUUUUGUUUUGUGUGACAUAUAGAAUUGUAUAUGAGUGCUGUGAUUGGAACGAUAAUGAUUGAAAAAUAAAUUUCUAAGAACUUUU